AUGUCUGAACGUGCACGAGGUAGAGGCCGUGGCCGUGGCCAAGGUCGAGGACGGCUGAGCAAUCGAGGCUCCUAUGGAGACCGUCGAAACGGAGUAUCCAACCCACAAACACUCCAGUCGAAUGGUGAUGUGGACGGGGAAUACAACGCUCACCUGACUGAGCGCUUCAAAGGUCGAUCUGCACGUAACGGUGAUUCCAAUAGACGGUUCAACAGAGAGACAAAGCUCCAGCUUGCCCUCAACCCAGACUUGUCAAAAUAUGUGACGAACCAGGAGGCAAUCUCUCGCGGAGCUGAUCCUGACGAUUGGUUGGCUAUACCCGAGAUCCCUCCAGCAGGUGAGAUAUUGAUACCCGAGGGUGAAGCAGUCAGUCUUCCUAGGAACAAAAUUGAUCAACCUUGGUCGAAAAAGGAGAAAUACCUAAAGGCACACUACAAGUUUCUUCGGGAGGAUGCCAUAGCCCCAUUACGAGAAGCUGUUGCUAAAUUCCGGAGAGAUCCUCAGCGCAUGGACGAUAACGACACACGCAUCUACGAGCAGGUCCGAAUCGUUGGCCUGACAUUCACCUACAAAGGCAUUUGCUCACGAAUACGGUUCUCUCUAGCACGAGCAACACGGAGGAUUUCUUGGCAAGCGAGCAAGCGCCUCACAUCUGGUACACUCGUUGCUCUGACACCUACGAAAGACGCCUUCCAGAAUCGGUGUAUACUGGCUGUCGUUGCCGCUAGACCACUCGACCACCUCGAACAAGAAGUGCCAGAAAUUGAUAUCUUGUUUGGCGACCACAACUCGCAUGAAGUAGAUCCGCAACAGACAUACAUCAUGAUCGAAGCUUCACAAGGAUAUUUCGAGGCAUAUCGACAUACUAUGAGAGCUUUGCAGAAGCAGAGUGCAGAACCUUUUCCACUUGCAGAGCACAUAUGUCAUCUCGAAUGGGAUGUGGGCCCGCCACAAUAUCUUAUUGAAGAGCCUGAUCGGGACAUUACCCCAGCUGCUGACCAAGGCACGCUUGAAGCUUUCCAGAAUGUCAACCUGCUUAGACAAUGGCCCUCUUCACCUACUCGGACUCUCGACUCGACACAAUGGGCGGCUAUGAAAGAUAUCCUGACGAGAAAAUUGGCAAUUAUACAAGGACCUCCAGGAACUGGCAAGACUCAUGUAUCAAAGAUAGCGAUCGAGAUCAUGCUAAGGAAUCGCAAACCAGGCGACCCGCCAAUAAUCGUUGCAUGUCAAACGAACCAUGCUCUUGAUCAACUGCUCGGUUUUGUGAACAAAUUUGAGCCCAACUUCAUUCGACUUGGCGGUCGGUCAACGAAUGUACUGACUAAAGCCAGAGCGUUACACGAAGUACGCAAGGCCCAAGUGUAUGACGACCCUCUAGGCUCUUGCUUCGCUAAAGCUCGACGCGACAUCAAUACACAAACUUUGAAGCUCAAGAGUCUUCUAUCGCCAGUCCGAGCCGAUGGUCCAAGUCUAAUGACCAGCGAGGUUCUCUUCAAUCUUGGUGUCAUCAAUGCCCAGCAGCGAAAGUCACUGGAGAAGGGUGCAGCAGACUGGCUUCAAUCGGACGCUGUUCCAGAUGAGCCGUUGCAGAUGUGGCUUGGAGAUUCUGUCAAGCCGUUCGUUCCGAUCUACUCAAACGACAAUUUCGGCUUUCAGGAGGCCGAAGAAGAUCUGGAGCUUGAGCAGCGUCGUGAGCUAGAUGCAGAAAUGGGUGUCGCCGACGAGGAGGAUUACGAAAUGCUGAGGGGCGAUUACCUUUCUCUUGCAAUAGGUCAAACGAUGUCACAACCUACAGCGCAGACCAUUGGACAAGCUAAACGCCUGCUCGACACCGCGAAAGACCUCUAUCAGGUCCCGAAAUACCUGAAGGGUCCCAUGUAUAUGAUCAUGCAAGAAAAAGCUAUUGCAAUAGUACGACGGCGAUUGCGAGAAGGUGCCAACGACUACGCAGGAAUGUGUUCUCAGAUACAAAUUGGCAGGUGGGAGAAAGAUGCGGCCUAUCUCGCAGAGGCCCCAAUCAUCGGUAUGACAACUACGGGUUUGAGCAAAUAUCGAGCUCUAGUCUCCUCUCUUAAACCCAAGAUUAUACUCAUUGAAGAAGCUGCUGAAGUGCUUGAGGCCCCGGUCAGUGUAGCUUGUGUUGCCUCGUUGCAGCAUCUUAUCCUCGUCGGCGACCACCAGCAACUUCAAGCAAAUUGCAGCGUCAAGGAACUAGCAGGCGACCCUUACUACCUGAAUAUUUCGAUGUUUGAACGACUGGUCAGGAACAAGCUACCACACAGAACGUUGCUCAAACAGCGACGUAUGGAGCCCGAAUUCAGAGAGCUUAUACAGCCCAUUUAUCCGGGCCUGACAGACGAUGACUCGGUUGCAACACGAGAUAGGACUGAAUGGGGUACUGGAUCGAUCUUCAGCUGGUUUCUCAACCACGAUUUUCAGGAGCAUCAGGAUGAAAGCAUGUCAACAUACAAUGCGCAUGAAGCUGCACUGAUAGCGAGGUUUUAUCGACAUCUGAUUAGGAAUAGAGUUCCUCCAGCUGCGAUAACUGUUCUCACCUUCUACAACGGCCAACGCAAGAAGAUCCUUCGAGCUCUGAAGGACGAUCCUGAAACUGCCUCAGUAUACAACAAAGUCAAGACGGUAGAUUCGUAUCAAGGAGAAGAGAACCACAUUAUUCUUCUGUCGCUAGUUCGUAACAACGCUUCAGGCAAAAUCGGAUUCUUGGAUAUUAACAACCGAAUCGUGGUGGCACUUUCGAGAGCCAAGUAUGGUUUCUAUCUCUUUGGGAAUGGAAACUUCCUUGCAGAGCACAACGAAGUGUGGUCUUACGUGGAAGAUCGUCUGUGGAAACAAGGCCGCAGCAAGGACAGCAUGAAUAGAUUAGUGAUGAAUGAUGACGAGGAGGAGGAGGAGGAGAAAGAGUCACGCCGAGUAAUUCGAGAAGGCAAGAAACCUGAGCCACCAGUUCAGCAGCCUCGAGGACCGCCAGCAUGGGGCUACGAUGGCACGAACGAGACCUCCGGCUUCAAUCCUGAAGGCCAGCGAGUCAGACCAGAAGAAGCAUUUGUGGCAAUUAUUACACAGUCAGCUGAGAUUGAGAAUGAGUCUUUCUUGGGGUGGAAAAGCCCGAAGGAGGUCGAAUGGGAGGAAGAGCAAGCCGCACUGAACGGAAAUGGGUUCUGGUGA